ACCAGCAGAUCUCUUCAUUCCAACAGUAAUUUGAAUAAAUCUGAAUCUGCAAACAUGGCUGAGAGAAAUAUCAAACUUGAGCACAGUACUGGUGGCAGCAACAGAGUGAAAACGGAAUCAGAGAAAGCUACAGCCUCUCAGGACCCACAUGAACAUAGAUUUGCUGUGAAAUUCAAGUCUGGUGACCCAUACGACAUUCACUGUGAGCAACCUCGCACAGUGCUGGAUGCCAUAAAAACUUUAGAUAAAUAUAAGAAGAUGUUUAAGGAUGCAUAUGAAAAUGUUAUCAUUCAGAGGGGUACAGGAGAUGAUGAAUCAAUUGUUCCAACACAUUUUCCUUGUUCUUGUAUCAGAGAUGAGGAUGUUCUGACCAUAUCAGGUACAAAAAAACAGAUAGAAAAGGCUACAGAUGUCAGAGAAGUGCAUCCAAGAGAUUACUAUUCUGUUUUUUACAUUGAUACAAAUGGAGGCCUAAAUGUUACAUCAACAAAGCUUUUCAGAAACAAAACAGUAGAAAAGUUCAAGUAUCUCUGUGUUUAUGGAGAGAAGGAGAUAAGUGUGAAGGAGGCUUUAAAUAGAGAUGGUCGCUUCAUUGAUGAGCUUGGCUACUUUGAGCUAAUGAACAUUAAUGAUAAACAUAAGAUUGUGUGCACAGACAAUAUUAAAAACCUGCACAAUAAAAAAUUCAAGAUAUGUCGUCCACGGAAAGCGAAUACUGAAACAAAUCAACAAGCCAUGCCUGGGCAACAGAAGCAGCAGAUUCUUCCACAUGCAUCAACGAAUGCAGAGCACACAAAAGAAACAGGAUCAGUCUUAGCUGUAGCACAUCAGAAGGGAAUCAGUCUAAAAACCGCAGAGAAAGAAAUCAUUAGUCAUGUUGAUAGAAACAAGAUUUAUGAACUACUGCGUGAGCAGUUUCCAAAUCUGAAACAAUUGAUGGAAAGUAGAUUCCCUGGUGAGACUUUCCAGGAAGAACUGAAUCUCAGGAAGGAAAACUUUGGAAAGAUCCAGCAGUCCUUCAGUCAAGUUCACAGAGUCAGGAAGCUGCUAGAACUGGGAAAGUCAGUUUGCAAAGUCGUUGUUAAGGAUGUUUCUGUGGGAACAGGCUUUGUGCUGUUUGAUACUUUCAUCCUGACUAGUGCACAUUUGUUUAAAGGUUACGUUGAAGGAAAGAAGCUGCAGCAGGAUGUAGAAGUGUUUGCUAUUUUUGACUAUGAGGAGCCUGAGCCAGUAACAAAGUUCUACUACUUUAGAGCAGAGAAUACAUUCACUGACUUUGAUGCUGAUCUAGAUUAUGCAGUUCUGGAGCUCAACCCUGAAGGCUCAAAACCAAACCAGCAAACAAGAUCAAACAGCAUAAAGGCACCACCAGGGCUGCUCAGUGAGUUUGGACCACUGCCUGCUAAUGGUGAAGCCUGCAUCAUUGGACACCCAGCAGGGGGGGUGAAAGAAAUGGAUCCUACAUUUAUCAUUGAGACUGAUAAGAGAGGGCAGGCUGCUGCUGAGUAUUUAAGUCAGUACAAACACCCAUUAAUUAUAAACUCGCUCAGUGAUCAUGUCAAAAAGCAAAGCAUUACAAACAUAUUGCAGGGUGGACAUAAAGCAGGAAAAGUAGGGACCUACCACACUUUCAUGUAUCACGGUGCCUCUGGCUCUCCAGUGUUUGAUGGUCUUGGCAGAGUUUUUGGUUUGCACACUGCAGGAUUUACCUAUGGUUUUAGAAAAGAAGUUGAGAGUGUAAUUGAGUAUGCCCAUUCGUUGACUAUAAUAUUUGAAAGGUUUGUGAGUAAUCUAAAGAACAGUGGAAAUGAGGAACUGUUGAAAAAAGUUGUGGAAGAGGCAGCAAAAGGAAACAAAGCAAAGAGAGACGAGUUGCUCAACAUAAAGGACGCUCCUGAGGAGCAAAUGGAGAUCAGUCGUUCAGAUUAGAAAAUCCUUCAGCAUAAGGGCAAUAUUUUAUGCAUUUAGUUUAAGUUGCAUGUCUUUUAUUACUUUUUGCUAUUACGUUUUGUGGAAUUACAGGGAUUAUUUUACAUAACCAUCAUCUUUAACAUUGCAUUAAUUAUCAUUUCAUCCAAGCAUUUAUUGAAGUUGCUGGCAUUAUGUUAUAAUUUGUAUUACAGGG